CCAAGCAGACCAAAGUGAAGCAAAUGAGAGUGGAGCUCCUCUCCAAGAUCUGUCCCUACAGGGAUGUUUCCAUCUUGUCUUUAUUUCAGUGAUUAUUACUCUUAUCACCUACUUCCUGUUUCUCUGUGGAUUACCUGGAGCCCGACUAAGGAUUUGCAAAAAGUGUGUUUGUACCGAGAGCUAUGGUGGCCUACGAAGACCUGGGCAGCUUGGUGCCUAUCAAGCGGACUCUGCAAGUCCUGGACUACCAGAACGAGGUCCACAAAGAGUCUGAGUCUGCCUGAAGCCUGGUCGUCUUCUCCUCCUGUUUCCUGGCUCCAAAGCCUGCAAAAGAUGAGUCCAUAAAGAGGAUUUAUGACUUUACUUGGGGGGAUUGAAGUCUCAAAAGGCGUUUGAGAAGGUGGACUUGGGCAAGUCCAUGUAUGAGAAUGUGCUGAAAGUGGAGCAGUCACAGCCCUCACCACCAAAAACCAGCAUCAUCAGUCUCUAACUGGCCCCUAGCCCAGUUCCUGCUUAGGGCCCGCAGUUGUCCAGAACCUUUCUUAGCUGACUUUGUUCCUCUCUUCCCAGGAACCCAGAACCAAGCGUGUCCGUCCUCUCGGCAGGGUGUCGUCGUUAGCCAACCUCAUCUCUCCGGCAAAAAAUGGGGCCGUCCGGCGCUUCGGCCAAACAAUCCAGGCCUCCUUCCGGAGCGAUGGCAAGUCGCCGGGCGUUCCCCAGAAGCCUUGCAGCAAGGCGACGGCCCCCACGCCGCCUAAAAGGAGAAACAGCAUGCUGUGGUCGGAGACGCUAGACGUGCACCAGAAGGGGACCUUAACCACCAAGGAGAUCAAGCGGCAGGAGGCCAUAUUUGAGCUCUCUCGCGGAGAACAGGACCUCAUUGAGGACCUCCAACUCGCACGCAAGGCGUACCACGACCCCAUGCUGAAGCUCUCCAUCAUGUCUGAAGAGGAGCUCUCUCACAUUUUUGGCGACCUGGACGCCUACAUCCCCCUGCAUGCGGAUUUGCUGGCACAGCUCUCCAAAGCCACAGGCUCAAACGGAACCGUGGGACAGAUCGGUCAGAUUGUAGUUGAUUGGCUACCAAGGCUGGAUGCGUACAAGGAGUACUGCAGCAAACAGCUGGCAGCUAAGGCCCUCCUGGACCAGAAGAAACAGGACCGGCGCGUGCAGGACUUCCUGCAGCGCUGCCUGGAGUCGCCCUUCAGCAGGAAGUUGGAUCUGUGGAGCUUCCUGGACAUCCCGCGCUCCCGCCUGGUCAAGUACCCGCUGCUGCUCAAAGAGAUCCUCCGACACACUCCGCCAGAGCAUCCGGACACCGCCAGCUUAGAACGAGCUAUCUCCAUCAUCCAAACUGUGCUGUCAGACAUCAACAUGAAGAAGGGCGAGUCGGAGUGCUUGUACUACAUGGACAAGCUGGAGUACCUGGACGAGCGGCAGAAAGACCCUCGCCUCCAGCAGUGCAGAAGCCUGCUGUGUCACGGGGAGCUUCGCAACAAAAGUGGGACGAAGCUGCACGUGUUCCUGUUCACCGAGCUGCUGGUUCUGACUCGCUCAGUCACCCGAAACGAGAGGCAGUGUUUCCAGGUGUACCGCCGGCCCAUUCCCGUGCAGGACCUGGCGUUGGACGACCUGCAGGACGGCGACGUCAGGAUGGGCGGCUCCUUCAGAGGCGCCUUCAGUAACGUGGACAAAGCCAAAAACAUUUUCCGCGUGCGCUCCCAAGACCCGAGCCAGGUCCAGGCCCAGGCGCACACGCUGCAGGUCAACGACGUCUUCCACAAGCAGCGCUGGCUCAACUGUCUCCGCGCCGCCAUCUCCGUCUACCGGCCACACGCCGAGCCAGCAUCGCCCGUGACCGACGCCCGCCCGGCCUCCGCGUCGGCCGUGGAGAGCAUGGAGGAGACGGACGAGAACCGUCCUCAGAGGUUGACUCGGUCGGCGCCCGGCUCGCCUUGCGGCCCCUCGUCUCCGAGUCCUGCACCUUCCUCCUCGUCAUCGCCAACCUCUCACAAAAGCAAAAAGAAGAAGAAGUCUCUUUAUUCUUUAGGGAAGAGAAAAGAGACGAUGGUGUGACGCCAACACAAACUCUGACACUUCUAUUUAUUCUUUACUGUUACGCUCCUCUGUGGCAGCCUUCACCCAACAUCACACAUUUAUGUCCACAACACCUGUACGCCGACAACACAUUUGUGUCCACAACACCUGUACGCCGACAACACA